AUAGGUACAUUAAACUGUCUCGCGAGUUGCCGCAGACGCCGUGGGUGGUGAACGGCCGCCGCGUGAUGGAGUCCUCGGUGCAGGAGAUCAUAUUCGAACCGAUAGCCAACAUGUACGGCAUGUCCGCGGCGGACAGCGAGCGGCGGCUGAAGCUGGUGAGCGCCGGCCGCGAGGACGUGGACGUGCGCUGUCUGGGGGGGGGGCGCCCCUUCGCGGUCGAGGUGGCGGACCCCAGCAGGGAGCUGAGCGCGGAGGAGCUGAGCUCCGCCUGCGCCCAGAUAUCGGCCAGCGGGAAGGUGGUCGUCAACGAGCUCGUGCCGGUCACCAAGCAGGACCUGGCGGAGCUGAAGAAAGGCGAACAGAGCAAAUGUAAGACGUACGAAGCGCUCUGCAUCAAACUGACGUCCGACGGCGACGGCGACGACGCGGUGCCCGGCGAGUGCGGCGCGCGCGUCACGGCGGCGGACAUAGCGCGCGUCAACGCCUACCGCAACGUGGGGGAGGCGGGGGGUGUGGAGGGGGUGGAGGGGGAGGGGGGCGCAGCGCCGCGCGUGCGGCUGGAGCAGCGCACGCCGCUGCGGGUGCUGCACCGCCGCCCGCUGCGGGCGCGCACCAGAUACAUAUACGAGAUGCACGCGCAGCCGGUGCCCGAGCACCCGCAGCUGCUGGUGCUGCGCGUGCGCACGUCGGCGGGCGCGUACGUGAAGGAGUUCGUGCACGGCGAGCUGGCCCGCACGCGGCCCGCGCUGUCCCGCGGCGUGCUGCCCGCGCGCCUCGACCUGCUCGCGCUCGACGUCACGCGCGUGCACCUCGACUGGCCCGCCGGCAGAUAAACGCACGCAACGCGCAUACC